AAAUUCAGCCAUUUCUACCCAAAAUUCUGUACUUUCAUAUUCUCAAUCACAUCAUUCUCCUUUUUGUCUCCGAGAGAAGAAAUGGGAAAACCAAUGAGUUCUUUUGUUCUUUCAGUGCUUUUCUUGGUCCUUUUCUUUGAUUCAUCUUUUUCAAUUCCAGUGACUUACAAUGUGCUCAGCUUAGGAGCCAAAUCCGAUGGCCAAACUGACUCAUCAAACGCCUUUCUUGAUGCAUGGAGUAAAGUAUGUGACUCAGCUGAGGCCGCCACCAUUUAUGUACCACCAGGGAGGUUCUUGCUCGGCAAAGUUGAGUUUAAAGGCCAAUGCAAGAACAGUGAUAUUACAUUAAACAUUGAUGGCACCCUUGUGGCACCAUCAGAUUAUAAUGUGAUUGGAGAUGCUGGAAAUUGGCUUAUCUUUGAACAUGUUGAUGGAGUUUCUAUUAAUGGCGGCACUCUUGACGGCCAAGGUGCCAGCUUGUGGACUUGCAAGAAGACAGGGAAUAGUUGCCCCACUGGCGCCACGACACUGGAGUUUAGCAACUCGAACAAUAUUGCCAUAAAUGGAUUAACAUCUUUAAAUAGCCAGAAGUUUCAUAUUGUUAUCAAUGGCUGCAACAAUGUGAAAGCACAACGGGUAACUGUUUCUGCCCCGGGCAGCAGCCCUAACACCGAUGGAAUUCAUGUUUCAUCGUCUAGCGAUGUCACAAUCAUGAACUCGAGGAUUGGGACUGGAGAUGAUUGUGUAUCAAUGGGCCCCGGUGCUAACAAUUUAUGGAUUGAAAAUGUUGUUUGUGGCCCUGGCCACGGCAUCAGUAUUGGCAGUCUUGGCAAGGAUCAAGAAGAGGAUGGAGUGCAAAAUGUGACAGUAAAAACUGCAACGUUUACAGGUACUCAAAACGGGGUAAGAAUCAAGUCUUGGGGGAGACCUAGCAAUGGCUUCGCUAGGAACAUUCUUUUUCAAGAUGUCAUCAUGAACAAUGCCCAAAAUCCUAUCGUCAUUGAUCAAAAUUACUGCCCUGGAGACGAUGAUUGCCCUGGUCAGGAUUCAGGAGUUAAAAUUAGUGAUGUGACAUACCAAGGUAUUCAUGGAACCUCUGCGACCGAAGUGGCCGUAAAAUUUGACUGCAGUCCAACAAAUCCGUGCUCUGGUAUAAACUUGGAGGAUGUGAAGCUCACAUACAAUAAUCAACCAGCUGAAGCAUCAUGUAGCAAUGCCGACGGAUCAGCUUCUGGCUUUGUUCAGCCUGAUAGUUGCUUGCUUAAGUGAAAAAACCAUGCAAUUGUUACGUCACAAUUUACAGUUUAGUAGAUAUAUUUUGCUUGAGCCUGUGGCGUUUGCCUAUUGACGCCUGGCCUUGCAAUAGUGUCAUGAGUAGGCCACAUUUCUCAUUGUCGGCUGUCCUUGUGUUAAAAUAUGAUGAAUGAAAUAAAUUGGGUAAUUGAUAGGGGUUAAAGU